AUGGGCUUGAGACCAUCGAGGUUCUUCUGGUCGCUGAUUGAGAAGUCGCCCACGACCAUCCCCGAGAUACUACAGCACGCCAACCAGUACAUCGCCGCCGAAGCCCUAAUGGCAGGGAGGCACGAGGAUAACAAGAGGCCGAGGAUGGAAACUAAUCUAAGGAGGUCACCUUGGGCGCUACCUCAAGGAACCAGGAGAAGCAACUCCGUGCCGUGGGGUCUUGUCAAGAGGCAGAUCGACAUCAUUUCCGGUGGACCAACUGCCGGCGGCAACAACUCGACGGCAAGGAAGGCCUACGCCCGCAGUAGGGUGGAUAAAUGCCCCAAACUCGAGUUUGAGCCCGAAAUCACUUUCGGAACUGAGGAGGUCGAGCGCUCCCACUACGAUGACGCUUUGGUGAUCUCCAUCCGAAUCGCCAAUGCUCGGGUCAAAAGAAUAAUGGUAGACACUUGGAGCUCUACCGACGUGCUGUACCUCGACGCCUUCAAGAAGCUCGGCUUAACCAAUGAGGACCUCACUCCCAUGAAUUCGGCGCUCACCGGAUUCACCGAAGAUUCCAUCUCCCCGCUCGGGACCACCACCCUCCCUGUCACCAUCGGGAAAGAACCGAGAGCCAAGAUGACAAUGACUACCUUCAUGGUAGUCGAUCUACCCUCGGCCUACAACAUCAUCCUUAGCCGCCUGACACUCAACAAACUGAAAGCAAUAGUUUCCACUUACCACCGGGCCAUCAAAUUUCCAACUUCGGUAGGGGUCAGGGAAUCCCGAAGUGAUCCAAGAGAAUCAAGGCGGUGCUACCUUACGGCGGUUACCCUCUUGGAGAAGUCACGCCCCCGUCAAGACCUGGAUCCCCGUGAAGAAGGCGUGACACCGAUGCACCUGGAGCCCCCUGAGCAACUCACCGAGGAGAUGCCCGGGAUCGACCAAGGGGUGACCCAGCACCACCUCAACAUCCACCCUGAGGCCAAGCCGGUGAAGCAAAAGUCGAGGAAGUUCUCUCCCGAUCGACAAAAGGCAAUCAGUGAUGAGGUCGACCGCCUAAAAGAGGCAGGAUUUAUAACCGAGGUGAAAUACCCUCGGUGGUUGUCAAAUAUAGUCCUCUUUAAGAAACACAAUGGAAGUUGGAGGAUGUGUGUUGACUAUACCGAUCUCAACCGAGCAUGCCCCAAAGACUGCUAUCCACUCCCGAGAAUAGAUCAGCUAGUCGAUGCCACCAUUGGCUAUGAACUCCUCACAUUUAUGGACACCUUCUUGGGCUAUAACCAGAUCCGGAUGGCACCACAGGACCAAGAGAACACUGCCUUCAUCACCGACAGAGGAGUGUAUUGCUACAAAGUGAUGCCUUUCGGCCUGAAAAACACCAGGGCAACUUACCAAAGAAUGGUCGACAAGCUGUUCAAGCAAUAA